AUGUCACACAAGCUUUUGACAGCAGCAUCUUUGAGUAUCCGUCGCUCGCUCGGCGCCUACACCUCGCGCAUCGUUAGACACUCGCAGUCUUACUCUUCCUCGUCGCAUUAUGUCCCUGGUCUGCUCCCGUCCAAGACAAUGACGGGAUAUACUACUUCUAUGGCGCCUGCGCCCGUCGCGAUACCUGGCCUCACACUCGCUGCGCAAUCAGUAGACGCAGCGCCAAAGAAGAAGCCCUACGUUAUUCCGAGAAUACGAAAUCGUCGGUCCAAAACUCCUUCCGGCCCCAGAGAUGAAGCCAAUUCCGCAGACGCCAGACAAAACCGCGUCUCCUCGCCUCCAAAAGUCCCCAGCAAUGAAUCCGGCGGUGUCCCAAACCCAACACCCCAAUACAUGGCCCAGGCCCAUCUCGAACCCCGUCGCCUAGCCCAGCCGCGCCGCAUCCUCAUCGUCAUGGACCUCAACGGCACCCUCCUCCACCGCCCCAACAAGCGCCGCCCCUUCCACUUCGUCGAGCGCCCUCACGCGAAAGCAUUCAUGUCCUACUGCCUCGACACCUUCCACGUGGCCAUCUGGUCCUCGGCCCGCCCCGACAACGUGAGCAAGAUGGUUGAUCAGCUGCUCACUCCGGAGCAGCGCGAGCGAUGCCUCCUCGUCUGGGGCCGCGACACCUUUGGCCUCUGCAAGGCCGACUACGACACCAAAGUCCAGGUCUACAAGCGCCUCACCAGCGUCUGGUCCGACCCCCGCAUCAUGGCGGCUCACCCUGCGGUUCAGACUGGUGGCAAGUGGGAUCAGACAAACACCAUUCUCGUCGACGACUCGCUCGAAAAGGCCCGGAGCGAGCCCUUCAAUCUUCUCCAGAUCCCCGAGUUCUCUGGUCUGUCCACCGAGAUGCCCAAUGUCCUGCCUCAGGUUCACGAUUACCUGAACAACCUCGCCCACGAGGCCGACAUUAGUCGAUUCGUCUGUCAAUCGCCCUUUAAACUCGACCCAGCCUAUACUCUAGAACAAGCCCCGGCCAAGCCCAAAGCCAAACAAAAGACCUCAGCCAAAGCUGACUGA